UCUCUAAUACUCGCCUUCUGUUCUUCCAUUUCUCUCCUCCAUCUAUUUAUCUAUCCUCUCUCUCUCAGUCAUACUACAGGUCAGUCUCGGGUCAGGUGAGGAGGAUGGUUUCAGACUCUGCCUCCUCUCUCUCAUCCCUCCUUUCUGAGUCACACAGGGAUGAGGUCACCAGUGGUAGUCAUGACGACCCCUUGACCCGUUGCUAUGGUGCCCUCAACGAGCACCUGGUGUGUCGCUACAACUGCAUUUUAUUGGACAGGUGGGUAUCAGUGUGGUUGGAUGCCUUUGCAGGACUGGUUCUGUUCCUGGUCUCUGUGACUCUACUGGACUCUGAGGUAGACCCCAGUACUGUAGGACUGGUCCUGACUUACACCCUCAGCCUGAGAGAGGUUCUUCAUCUCCUGGUCCAAGCCAGCUGUGGCGUAGAGAGCAGUGCUGGUGCCAUCCAGAAGAUGGACCAACACGCACACAUGGAGAGAGAGCCCCCCUGGUCUGUGCCCUGUAGAGCACCCCCUAGCUGGCCAGAGGAGGGAGUGGUGGAGUUCAGGAGCUAUCAGACAGAGCUUAACCCAUCACCCGCUGAACUGUCUUUCUGCACCCGGACCAGAGAGAAGGUUGGUGUGGUGAGCAGAUCAGGAGCAGAGCUGGACGCCAUAACCAGUUCUCUGUUCCGAUUGGUGGAGGGCCGAAGGGGCGUGUUGAUGAUUGACGGUGUAGACAUCUCUAGUGUGGGACUCCACGACCUUCGCAGCCGGUUGGCGGUCAUAGCUCGGGUUCCAACCCUGUUCUCCUGUUCACUGCGCUCUAACCUGGACCCCUGGGGUUGCCAUGGGGAUGCCCAGGUGUGGGAGGCACUGGAGAGGUGCCACCUGAAGGAAAGGGUCAGCUUGCUGCCAGGACAGCUCCUCUACCCACUACACCACGGGGGGGCCGGGCUCAGCUCCAGUGAGAGGAGGCUGCUGUGUGUGUGUCGUGCCCUGUUGAAGGGCUGUGUUGUCCUGGUAGUGGAGGACCCUGUUCCUCCUGUAGACAUCCACACUGAGAGGCUGCUCCAGAGCAUCAUACACACACACUUCUCCCACUGCACCGGACUGUAUCUAACACAGAACCCUGGGAACGUCACACACACUGACAGGGUGUUGGUGUUAGAUGGGGGACGUGUAGCUGAGUUUGACUGCGCCUCUGCUCUCCUCCAGAGGGGGGCACUGUUCUCCCAGCUGCUCUCUGAGACACAUAGACACCAAGACACAGAAGAAGAGUGAAGAGUGAGGGUGGAAGUUGGUAUUAGGAACAGAACUAGGAUCAUUUUACCCAUGAUCAUAAUGAUGCUGGACUAGCUGUUUGAGUUUGCUCAGUUGUUUAAAGCAUGGGGUUUCAACACCAGAGUAAUAACACCAGAGUUGUGGGUUUCAACACCAGAGUAAUAACACCAGAGUUGUGGGUUUCAACACCAGAGUAAUAACACCAGAGUGGUGGGUUUCAACACCAGAG